AUGAUAGUACACCGGACCCCAGGUCUAGGUAGCAACACUGCAGAACUGGGAGUUGAAGAUGUUAUUUGUUUAAUUGUCAGGAGAACAGCAAUUCCAUCUGAAAUUUCUCAAAAAUAUGUCAGAAGAGAACCAUUGUCAGUGGAGCGGAGGAAUCUUCCAUGCAACAUCACUACAGUAGAGGAGCUAUCACAGCUAUCUGCUCAAGUACAAGGGCAUUUUUUUUUCAAGAAUGUGUACAUUUGUGAAAAAAUCCAUGGAACCCAGGUGAUAAUAUGUUCUUUUUUUGCUUCUACAGAGAGGAUGAAACCUUCCUACUACCAUAGUUUUGGUGCAAUGACAAGAAACUAUAUAAUCUAUGAACAAUCUCUGAAGAUGUACCUGGGAAAGAUUACCACUUCUGAAAUUCGGGAAAAGGCCUGAAUUUCUGGAAAAGGGUUUUCAUAUGGAAUAAGCUGGAAACCCCAUUUUAGUACGUUUCAUGUUGUGGAUAAGCACACUAGGCAGCUUCUUUCUGGUAUAUAUCAUGGCAAGCCUUUUGUUACUUUUCAUCAAAUCAAUGCCUUUGAAGACCUAGACUGUAUUGUACUUGAUUUGUACUAUAAAGAUGAUGAAAAAAGCAUAGACAUUUAUAAACUACAGAAUCUCAGGGAAACUAGGGAACAACUUGGUGAGGUCUAUAAUUCAUUAGCCAGAUCUUUCCCUCCAAGAUUUGUGUUGUCUUUAAAUAUUGGUCUGAAUGCCCCUGAGGGAGAAAACCUCAUGUUACUGUCCUAUUCUGCAGCCAGUGCUGUGAAGCAGGCUGAUGGAAUGGUGUGGUGUUCUUAUAAAAAUCUACAUCCUGAGGAGCUACAGAAAGAGGGAGGUAUUGAAUUUCCUCAGAUCAAUUAUGAUCAAUUCAAUGAAAAGUAUAAUUUAUUCUAUGACUAUGACUUUCAGCAUUUGGUGGGGGAUUCUCUGAUCAAGGUUGAUGUUGUGCAUAAGACACUGAAAAUAAUGGAAGUUUGGAGAAAAGAUGGCUUCUAUCUCUCCAAACUGGUUUUUGUUCUACCUGGAUCCAGUGAGGAAGGGGGUGUUAUUCUUUCUGUUGUAAUUACUCCCAAUCACAUAACUUUCAGCUUUGUGGUCCAAGACUUCCUUUUCAGUCAUUCGAUGAAAAGAACUUUUGAAGAACUGGGCUGAGCAGAGGUAUCAGUACAAAUGCCAUAUGGCCUUGGCACCUUUAGCAUUCAAGCACCAACCAGCUUCCGGGUGUGCCGCCUCCAGGCCGACAGGGGGCGCUCGCUCGGCGCCUAG